AUGGGGGAAUUCUCCAAGGAAUCUUGCCCUUCCGUGAAGAACAUUUUGCUACUGGAUUCUGAGGGGAAGCGUGUUGCUGUGAAGUACUUCUCCGAUGAUUGGCCGAAUAACGCAUCUAGGUUGACCUUUGAAAAGUCCAUUUUUACUAAAACUCUGAAGACAAAUGCACGCUCCGAAGCUGAGAUAACAUUGCUUGAUGGUUAUAUUGUUGUUUACAAGUUUGUACAAGACCUACACUUUUUCGUCACUGCCGGAGAUGAUGAGAAUGAGCUCAUCAUAGCAAAUGGGCUACAGGGUUUUGCUGAUUCGGUUGGUCUUCUACUCAGGGGUGAUGUUGAGAAGAGGACUGCACUUGAGAACUUGGACUUGAUUCUUCUCUGCAUUGAUGAGAUUAUUGAUGGCGGGUGUUGGGCAUCAUACUCUUGUGCCAUGUCAACAUUCUGCAGCAUGUUUAUGUUGUAUUGUUGUCUACUUUUUAUUUUAUGUCCAUUUUCUGGGAGCUCUCAUGGAGUUUCCUUAAUAUAUGGGAAAAGCAUAAUUCUUGAAACAGAUGCGAACACCAUUGCGGGGAAGGUUGCAACCAAUGCUGCUGACGGCUCUGUUCCCUUCUCUGAGCAGACAAUAUCUCAAGCUCUGGCCACAGCCAGGGAACACUUUGCAAGAUCUCUUCUGAAAUGA